AUGUCGUCUGAAGGUAGCAAAAACAAAUCAGUUGAUAAUAGUAAAGAACCUAAUGAACCUCGACAAGAUCCUGAAAAUGAUGAUACAAAAUCAAAAUCAACUCGUUCAGGAAGUACUUCAUCAACAGGUGGACAUGAAGAAGUUGGUGUAGAAAAACUGGGUUCAUUAAGUGGUUCAGGUGGUGUACAAGUACGCAUGACAUCUGGUUAUGAAAUGAUGGCUCAUCAUAAAUAA